GUGAUUCCACGACUAAACUGGCAUUGCAGCUGAUGUUCUUAUAAUCAUAGUUGAGGGUGUUACCCAAGGGAAUCGGAGGAAAUAUAAGUUUUGUUUUUUUGUAGAUGAAUUUUGUUAUCGUUUUUUGAUAGUAAACGUGGUUAGUGUAUAGUUUUUUUCUCAAUAAAUCGUCAGUUAGUUGAAAUCCCUCGUAAGAGGGUGAAGAUGGCGAAAACCUAUGAUUAUUUAUUUAAGUUGCUUUUGAUUGGAGAUUCUGGUGUUGGGAAAACUUGUAUUCUUUUUCGUUUUUCGGAAGAUGCGUUUAAUGCAACUUUUAUUUCAACAAUAGGAAUUGACUUCAAGAUUCGAACUGUAGAGUUGGAUGGAAAAAAAAUAAAACUUCAAAUAUGGGAUACAGCUGGUCAAGAGAGGUUUCGCACAAUCACAACGGCCUAUUACAGAGGAGCAAUGGGUAUCAUGCUUGUGUAUGAUGUGACUAACGACAAAUCAUUUGAAAACAUCAAGAACUGGAUAAGAAACAUCGAAGAGCUGAAGAAAAAUCUGGAAGUAGCAAAUCCACCAAAGACAGGAAGUCAUCAAUUGAAAGCUAGUGAACCAGUCAAGAAGUCUUCACGUUGGUUCUGUGCAGUUCUUUGAUGCUUGUGUUUGUUAUGAAUCGAUUGUUGUGAUGUAAAUGUUCCUGCCCAAAACAGUAACUGUGGUCACUUAAUGGUUGGCAUGAUUUUAACAGCAGUUUUGCAUCAAGGGAUUCCUAUUGUCAUCUUUGGAGGAAUGCUUUGUAUGUCAAGACAUUAUCUUUAAAGUUUUGAAAUUGGUAGAUAAUGCUGCAAGGGAUGUUUCUGAUAAUGUCGGUCUGCUCCCCUUACCGACUGCUAGAAGAGACAUUUCAGGAACCAAACUAAACCAUCUUAAAUUCCAUUAAUGUUGAUGGUUUGAGAUUAUUGAUAUAUCUCAUUAGUGAAACAUUUGAUUCACUAACAUUUAGAGUUAAUAGGUAAUUGAAUGUGAAUAAUUAAAAUGUGGUGUAAUUAUUUUUCUUUUGACUUAACUAUAAAAGCCUUAUUCAUGAGAUUUUGGUAUAGUAAUGAUCCUUCUUAGGAGGCUUUUGUUUAUCAUUCACAUUGUAAAAUCAAACACCAGUCUUCUUUCCUUUUAUGUCACUAGACUAUUUACCUUUCACAAUUAGUUUGGAACACUGCAACUAUACAGUAAAGAUUGUUAAGGUUACAUUUAAUUACUAUAUAUUUGUCAUGUAAUCUGAAAUCAUUUGCUUUUUAUAAAAACAAAUUAGAAAUCACCUGUUUUUCUUAAAUGAUAUUACAUACCUAAACUAUUUUAACCAGAAGAGGGUUGGGUGAAACGCUUGAAUUAGAAUGAAGUUGUAGAAAAUUGGUAAAAAACUAAAGCAGUAACUAUGAAACUCAAAAUUAGUAAUUUAAAAAACAUAUCCAACGUUAAAAAAAAUGGUCACAUUUAUGUUAAGGUUGUUGUACACUUUUGUAAAAGAUGAACUUGUUUUCUGUCAACAUAUAGAAUAUGAUAAGGGAUAUCGUACCAAUCACUAAUCUAGUAGAUAAAAGUGCCAGGCUGGAAGGUGAUUACCAAUCACUAAUCUAGUAGAUAAAAGUGCCAGGCUGGAAGGUGAUUACCAAUCACUAAUCUAGUAGAUAAAAGUGCCAGGCUGGAAGGUGAUUACCAAUCACUAAUCUAGUAGAUAAAAGUGCCAGGCUGGAAGGUGAUUUCCAUUAUGGAACUGUAACAUUUUAUUCUUAUAUAAACAGUGCUUCCAAAAGUGAAACCAAUUUUACUUUGCGAAGGUAUCCGACUGGUAAGUGAAAAAUGAUUAUAAAAAAUGUUAGUGCACGUUACAACUGGAUGUACGACUACAGCUGGUUUAAAAAAAAACGUGGUAGGAAUUAUUUUAGAGAAAUAAAAUUAUAAUAAACUGUGUUUUUGAACUGAUAACUGUAAUUGAUGUAUGUUUGUUACAAUUCUCUUGGACAAAUAGAAGUAGUACAACUGUAGGGAUGCUAUUGUAACCUUUUAUGUAAACUUGCUGUGUUUUGAAUUCAUCAUAAGUUAGGAAGAAAUCUACUGAAUAAUGAUUGUUAUUACAAACUGAUAUCACAUCCUAUACAACUUAUUCUCAGAAUUUUAUUACUUUUCUUCAUUUGUUUUGUGGGUACCGAUAUUAAUUUUAUCCAGAACUGCAUGUGAAAUAAAUCAGUGACAAAGUAAAAAAAGUUUCUGGAGUAAUUUGACAUUACUUGUAUUAUUUUAAAACACAAAAACUAAAAGCAUUGGAAUUAGUUUAGAAAUACUAAAUGAGUAAUUAUUAUUCUUGAAUAGCACAUUUUUAAACCGGUUAACUUGCACUCAUCUAGGUGCUUUUCAUGAUUAAAUCAAACAUGAACCAGCAAAUUACAUAAGUACUAAUACUUUUUUUUUACUAUUUUUAUAUAAAAUGAUAUAAUUACCUUGGAAACAAACAUUUCCAAAAAGUUAAUGCACCAGAAACUUAAGUUAAUCAAGCUUGAAAAAAAGCCUAUGAUUUCUGUUUAGGAAUGCUUGUAUUACUAUACUUCAUUAUUGUGUACCAAAACCCUCCAACAAUGUACUGAAUUGAGAGUGAGAAACCAAAUCAGUCAGUAUGUUUAUAUAUAAGCAGAUAAUUUAUCUUUCUCUGUGUGGAGAUUUUACAUAUAAUGUAACUUGUUAUGAAUUAUUUUGUGCUUUGUUAAAGUUAUGUAGUAAAUUGUUAAUAUUUUUUAAUUACUUGAUUUCUUACAUGACAUAUUUAAGAUUUUUGUGUAGUUAUUGUUUUGUUGGAACUAAAAUGAAAUUUUGUUGCUUAGUUA